CGCAGACUAUUGCGUUACACAAUAUGGCGGACGAAGGCAACGAAAUGAGCGCUAGCUGUUCCAACACAUUUAUCCUUGGAAUCGACAUUGGUACAACCUCGAUCAAAGCGAGCUUAUUGAGUCAUAACACUAGAGAAGUUAUUGAGAGCGUUAGAAGGGAAACAAAGGCAAAUAUUUCAGACAAGAACACGUCAUUUGUAGAACAAGAUGUAACAAAAAUCCUGUCUGUUUUACAACAUGCUCUUGGUCAACUGUCACCACAGCUCCUUGCCAGAGUAAACAGAAUUGGGAUAUGCGGACAAAUGCAUGGCUGUGUUUUGUGGAAACGAGGAUAUUGCAUGGCCAAGGCUUGGGAUACUAGUAAAAACAACGCUUCUAAUCUUAUAACUUGGGAAGACAGAAGAUGUACUAAUGAAUUUUUGGCUACUCUUCCCCUUACUCAGACAGACGUCGCUAUUUCUACAGGCUUUGGAUGUGCUAGUCUUUUCUGGCUUCAAAGAAACUAUCCUAGUCUUCUAGAACCUUAUGACUGUGCAGGAACGAUCAUGGAUUUCAUUGUGUGUUUGUUGUGUCAAUUGGAAGAGCCUUGUAUGUCUUCUCAGAAUGCUGUCAGCUGGGGUUAUUUUGAUGUUGACAACAUGAAGUGGGAGUUGGACCUGUAAGUCUUACUAGGGCUAAAAUAAUAACAGAUAAUAACCAUUUCAGGCCAUGUAGUACUUUAUAAACCGUUAAACCUCACCACUCCAAGCACCAAGAUUUGAUUGGUCCCAGGGUGUGCCCCUAUGAGAGGUAUAGAUUGGUAAAUUUGAAACUUUGCAAGCCUGUGAUUUGAGACCCUGGUUUCAAAAUUCGAGACCAAGACUUCAGCGUUUUUAUCACUUCUAAGCCCAAGACUAUACUUCUAAAAAUUCCGCCUAAAGACUCUAAGCGCAGAAAAUUUCAAGUUUACAGUACAAAUAAAACUAAAUAAAAUGACCAAAAGCUAGCAGAAGCCCACCAGUAUACUGCUUUGUCUCAUUUCACUGUCUUAAUCUACAAGUUCAUAUCGAUAAGCUAUAUCGCAUUCCAUGAACUCUGGAAAAUUAAAUUCCUGAAGGAAGAACAAACGGAAACAAAAAACAACAAAUCCGCAACUCUGAGACCCGCCAGGAAAAAAAUUUGAGACUCCAAGAUGCAAAAAAAUCACCUGAAAACAAGACUUUGAGACCUAUCAAAAAUACUUCUGAGAUUUUAAGAUCAAGCCAAAAUUUUCUGAGACCAACAUUUUUUUGACAUACCAUUCUAUACCCCUUCGGAGGUUGUCUUUCAUAAGGGGUUUAAACUUUGGGGGGGUGGGGGGCUUUUGGGAGGUUUGUGUUGAGGUUUGCCACCAAAGACAAAACCAUGUUUCUUGCUACAGACUUGCCAACCCAAAAGGAUCAUCUGGAAGUCUUACAAAAAGUUGUGAGAUUCUUCUUUUAUUGAUAGAAACUCCUGGUGACCGCAACUCUAACUCCAGAUAUUUUUCAUAACUUCCCACCCCACCCAUUCUAAUUGUGUAGAUAAUAACCUAUAAUCAAGCUGUCAUUUUGUACUCUCUAACAGCUUGAAGAGUGCAAACUUCCCCACCCAUCUUCUGCCUGUAGUAGCUGAAUCAUCAGCUGUAGCUGGUAAACUUCAACAGCCAUUGUUUGGCAUUCCUUCUGGAAUUUCAGUCGGGGUGGCUCUGGGAGACUUUCAAUGUGCAGUGCUUUCCACGAUUUCUUCAGAAACUGAUGCAGGUACACUGAUGAAACUUCAGUUAGACAUUUCUAUAAUUCAGCUGAAUUUCCCAUUUGUCCAUCAAUAUUGCACUUCUUUGUUUUCUCUUAUGAUACUUAGCUUUAUACAUUGACCUUUCAGUUCUGAAUGUCAGCACUUCUAGUCAACUAGCAGUGGUUGUACCUGAUGACAAAGGCAAUAUUUUCACUGGUGAAGUACCGAGUAAGGCUGUGAAAUGCCUUCCAUUCUUUCAAGGAAAGAAGGUCAUGACUGCAGCAUCACUAUCAGGUUGUUUAUCUGUUGAAUUUUUGUUUGCAAAUUUGCCAAACUUGGAGUGUUAUAACCAUAGGACAGACACAAGCUAAGGGGAACUUACUAUUUACAUUGGAAAACUGAAAAUUUGCCAAAAUGCAAGUGUUAUAACCAUAGGACACAAGGGGAGCCUAUUUAUGUGAGGAAACUGAAAAUUCCCUUUCAUCCUAAGACCAAAUUAUUUAGCGUUAAUUUGUCACUUAAUGGAAAUUAGUGGAGGACAUCCUAAGUGUUUUCAUUCAAAUGAAACCCCUUUUACAUAACUUUUGGAUGGUGCAAUUUAUUUCUUUGGAUGUAAGAAUUAAAUGAAUUCUUUACAUAUAUUUGGGCACUAUUACAUGUAGGACUGAAAAGGUCUAAUAUAAGUCUAUGAAAAGUGGAAGGUAAAAGAGUUUUGUUUAUUCCAAGGUGGUAAUGUUUUGGCUACAUAUGUUCAAAUGCUAACAUCAUGGAUGAGGGAUCUUGGUUUGAAUGAUCACCUUCCAGCCACUGAUGAAAUUUAUCAGAGGAUUCUUGAUUGUGCUGAGAAGAAGAGUUCAUCAUCUCUGAAAAUUACUGCAACACUGUGGGGUGAGCGACACAUGCCAGAUAGGAGGGCUGAAGUAAGCAAUCUCUCAUCAGACAAUAUUUCACUGGGUGAUGUGGGACUCUCACUUUAUCGUGGACUUGUGGAAAAUUUACAUGAAAUGAUGCCCAAAGAAUUCCUUCACCUGCAUGGCGUGCAAAGGAUUGUAGGCACUGGAAGUGCUUUAAUAAGAAAUCAGGUUCUUCAAAAACAAGUUGAACAGGUUUUUGGGUUACCUCUUGUGAUGAGUGACAACUCAGAAGAGUCAUUUGGUGCUGCAAUGGCUGCUAUUUUAGAAUGUACUUAAUACAAGAUGCACUUUGCAGAGAGCAUAAUUAUUACUAUUAAAGGGGUAAAAGAAACUGACUGAACAAUGCAGGAAACCACCCUUAAGUGUUCAUUUUAGAAGUAUUUGCAAGAAGUUGACUGUGCAAUAAAGCUUGUGGGAACAAUUAACUAAAUGAGCUUCACAUUCUGAGAGGCUGCUCCUUAAAUGUUCUACUCACCAGAAAAGGAUUUAAUGGAGCCAAAACUAAUAAUAAUGGAAUUGCCCUCCUAGGUGUCCUAGUGAUGAACAAUUUUAUCUAUAAAAUAUAUCAUUGCGGGAGCAACUAGCAGUUACUAGUCUCGUCUCCUUAGAUUAUUAAUGUUUGUAGAUGCUCUCACAUAAGUGUUGACUUGAAGCUACAAUUCGUAACAUUAGAACUUUACUCAAUAAGAGUACUAAUGUGGACAUGUUGUACACGACAUCCUUUUCCCUCUUCUUUUCAAUGUUGGCCUCAAAAAACCAUGACAAAACAACAUUGGAAGGGAGAAAGGCACGUACAUGUACCAGAGCAGUGUGAGCCAAGAUAGGUGUCCUUGAUUGCAGUUACAUAAUAUUAAAACUGACGCAGUAACAAACUGUAUUUAUUUUUACAAUGAAUGUUGUAAACAUCUGUUUUGAAAAUAUUCACUAAUACAAUAUAUUAUUAAUCAUAACUAUAGCAAAAUUCUUAAAUCUGAUUGGC